AUGCCCCAGUAAUCGAGGAAAUCGAACAGAUCCGAACCACCCACCUUUGGCACUCCUGGGCCGGCAAAUUCGUCAUAGGCGUCGCCAACGACAUGUACGUUGCAGGAAAUCUCACCACAAACCACUCCCACUCCCCCACAAACGCGCAACUCCUCGACUACGCCUCCCAAAAGAAACUCGACCCCGACUCUCCCGAAUCUCGCGCACGCUCCACAUCUCUCCUCAACACCCUCAAAGCCGAUCUGAAAGAAGUCGGUAGUCUCCGACCCACGGAACAUUUGCCAGAAAUUUUGGAUCGCGCUUUGCAAAAAGAUCAGGAAUGGAAAGCGAAAGGUCUCGGUCCGGCGGGAGGGCUGGAGAAGAGGGAUUUGAAGAGUAUGUUUGAGGAAAUGUUGGAGGAUGGGAUUCGGGUUCCUAUGAAAUCUGGGGAUUUUACGAGGGAGACGAGGGACUGGACUAUUCCGGAUGUUUUGGCCAGGUCGCAACUGGAGGAAGGGGAGGAAGGGGAGGAAGGGGAGGAAGGGGAGGAAGGGGAGGAAGGGGAGGAAGGGGAGGAAGGGGAGGAAGGGGAAGAAGGGGAAGAAGGUUGAGAGCUUUGGGAGUCAGUAGAGAAAAAAGUCAC